AGCGGCGCCGGGGCUGAGCCGGGCGCACGGGCCGCCGCAUGUGCCGCGCGGGGAGCGGCUGCCGAGCGGGCGGAGAGCGAGCGCGAGAGGCCCCGUCGGCGCGGCCGCCGGCGCAGCCCGGAGAUGGGAGAACAGCCCAUCUUCACCACCCGAGCACACGUCUUCCAGAUCGACCCCAGCACCAAGAAGAACUGGGUGCCUGCAAGCAAGCAGGCGGUCACCGUCUCCUACUUCUACGAUGUCACGAGGAACAGCUAUCGGAUCAUCAGUGUGGACGGAGCCAAGGUGAUCGUCAACAGCACUAUCACACCCAACAUGACCUUCACCAAGACAUCCCAGAAGUUCGGGCAGUGGGCCGACAGCAGAGCCAACACCGUGUUUGGUUUGGGGUUCUCCUCGGAGCAGCAGCUGGCGAAGUUUGCAGAGAAAUUCCAGGAGGUGAAAGAAGCCGCCACGUCAGCCAGAGACAAGUCCCAGGAGAAAAUCGAGACCUCAAGUAAUCAUUCCCAAGCAUCCAGUGUCAAUGGGACAGACGAUGAAAAGGCUUCUCACGCGGGUCCUGCUGACGCACACCUGAAGUCUGAGAAUGACAAGCUGAAGAUGGCUCUGACGCAGAGCGCUGCCAAUGUGAAGAAGUGGGAGAUUGAGCUGCAGACCCUGCGGGAGAGCAAUGCCCGGCUGAGCACGGCGCUGCAGGAGUCCGCAGCCAGCGCCGAGCAGUGGAAGCGGCAGUUCUCCGUGUGCCGGGACGAGAACGACCAGCUGCGCAGCAAGAUCGAUGAGCUAGAAGAACAGUGCAGCGAGAUCAGCAGAGAGAAGGAGAAGAACACGCAGCUGAAGAGGAGGAUUGAGGAGCUGGAGUCGGAGCUCCGGGAGAAGGAGGUGGAGUUGAAAGAUCUCCAAAAGCAAAGUGAAAUCAUACCUCAGCUCAUGUCAGAGUGUGAAUACGUCUCCGAGAAGUUAGAGGCGGCCGAGAGGGACAAUCAGGACCUGGAAGACAAAGUGCGCUCCCUGAAGACCGACGUGGAGGAGAGCAGGUGCCGCGAGCGCCACCUCAAGGCGGAGCUGAGGAGCUUCCUGGAGGUGCUGGACGGGAAGCUGGACGACCUCCAUGACUUCCGCAGGGGCCUCUCCAAGCUGGGCGCCGACAACUAGGGCGGCCAGGCCGCGAGGCCCCGCGAGCGGCGGCACGGGGCGAGCAGGUGCGGGCGCGGUGUGCGUGACUCCAGCCAGUUGUGCCGCCCGCCCUCCUCUCCAGACAGGACGGCUCCUCUCCCGGCCCCGCGGGGUCCUGGACAACUGCAGGCCCGACUCAGGAAUCCAGCUUCAGGUCUACCUUAACCGUUUACGCAGCCAGGGCAGGGGCGCCGUAUCUCUCUUAAGGGCUGCUGCAACCAUGUGAACUAAAACAAGUAUUUUCUGAUCCAAAUGAGAACCCUCUGCGCCACCUCCUUGUGGACAGCGUCCAGCGCAUUUGAAUGUCCACCAGGCUGCAGGGCGUGGGGCGCGAGGUGAGCAGCCAGUUCGUGGAGACUCACCCCGAGAAAGCAGUUCCUGGUGGGUGCGUGCCCUCUGACCCUUCCACCCCCCAUUCCCAGGGCUGCACCCCAGUCCCCUUUCCCGGUUGUCAUCCCACAGAGGUGGCAGUGCUGUGGGAACAGCACGUGCUGAGGGUACCUAGCACAGUGCCUGGCACAAAGUAGGUGCUUAAUAAAUAUUUGUUCAAUUAAACAUAUAAA